CGGACUGCGCGGGCCCCAUGGCUGGGCCGAGCGGAGCGGAACCGACGAGGUGAAGCCCCCGGGCCGGCAGCCGGAGCGCGUGGCGGGGGCGCCGGCUCCAUGGGCAGCGACGCACAGCGGCACGAUGGUGGACGUUAACAGCAGCGGCCGCCCGGACCUCUACGGGCACCUCCGCUCUUUUCUGCCAGAGGUGGGACGCGGGCUGCCCGACCUGAGCCCCGACGGCGCCGGCCCGGUCGCGGGCUCCUGGGCGCCGCACCUGCUGCACGGGGUCCCUGAGGUGACGGCCAGCCCCGUGCCCACCUGGGACGCACUCCCGGACAAUGCCUCCGGCUGCGGGGAGCAGAUCAACUACGGCAGCGCCGAGAAAGUUGUGAUCGGCUCCAUCCUGACGCUCAUCACGCUGCUGACGAUCGCCGGCAACUGCCUGGUGGUGAUCUCUGUGUGCUUCGUCAAGAAGCUCCGCCAGCCCUCCAACUACCUGAUCGUGUCCCUGGCGCUGGCCGACCUCUCGGUGGCCGUGGCGGUCAUGCCCUUCGUCAGCGUCACCGACCUUAUCGGGGGCAAGUGGAUCUUUGGCCACUUCUUCUGCAACGUCUUUAUCGCCAUGGACGUCAUGUGCUGCACGGCCUCGAUCAUGACCCUGUGCGUGAUCAGCAUCGACAGGUACCUUGGGAUCACGAGGCCGCUGACGUACCCCGUGAGACAGAACGGGAAGUGCAUGGCCAAGAUGAUCCUCUCUGUCUGGCUUCUGUCCGCCUCCAUCACUUUACCACCGCUCUUCGGCUGGGCUCAGAACGUAAAUGAUGACAAGGUGUGCUUGAUCAGCCAGGAUUUUGGCUACACGAUCUACUCCACCGCAGUGGCGUUUUACAUCCCCAUGUCCGUCAUGCUUUUCAUGUACUACCAGAUUUACAAGGCCGCCAGGAAGAGCGCCGCCAAACACAAGUUCCCCGGCUUCCCGCGUCCCGUGGAGCCCGACAGCGUCGUCUCCCUGAACGGCAUGGUGAAGCUCCAGAAGGAGGUGGAGGAGUGUGCAAACCUUUCGAGACUCCUCAAACAUGAACGGAAAAACAUCUCCAUCUUUAAGAGGGAACAGAAAGCGGCCACCACCUUGGGGAUCAUCGUCGGGGCCUUCACUGUGUGCUGGCUGCCGUUUUUCCUCCUCUCGACGGCCAGACCCUUCAUCUGUGGCACCGCGUGCAGUUGCAUCCCGCUGUGGGUGGAGAGGACAUUUCUGUGGCUGGGCUAUGCAAACUCUCUCAUUAACCCCUUUAUAUAUGCCUUCUUCAACCGGGACCUGAGGACCACCUACCGCAGCCUGCUCCAGUGCCAGUACCGGAAUAUUAACCGGAAGCUCUCGGCUGCAGGCAUGCACGAGGCCCUGAAGCUUGCCGAGAGGCCUGAGAGACCUGAGCUUGUGCUGGAAACCCAUCCGACAAGUCUUGACAGCCAAGUGAGAGGGGCACUUUCAAUGGGAUGGGAAGGCAGAGGCCCUGGACCCUCUAAGACCUGGCUCUCAUGCACAUGGAUAUGGUUCGACAAAACUCUGACUACUGUAGAAAAAAAAGUCAUGAUUCAUGAUCAAAAACAGAAUAAUGGAGAUGAAAUAAACAAGGCAAGACAGAGGUGGAAACAGAACGAAAUCAGUUGCUGAGACUUCGGAACGGAAUGAGGCUUCUGUCCUUUCUUGGGAUGGCUAAAAUGUGACCAGCAAAGUAUACCUGCUGUUCAAAGUAUAUUAUGAGGGGGAUGGUGACCUCUCCUUUCUUUCCUGUGGAUCACUGCUAUUGUGUGCAGAUGAAAACAGCCCAAUCAGCUCGGCAGUGAGCACUCGCACAGAACUGAGUUCCAGAAAGGAAACAGUUUCUGGUGCUUUGCUUCUGUCCAAGUCCGUGCAAGUGAAGAAAGUUCCCAUGCACGCUUCCCAUGCUUCUGAGUCUAGGCGUUGUGGUGAAUAUUCAGGAAUCAUGUAUAAGACAGAUGUGUUUUUGUUUCUGUUUUUGAGACAGAUGUAUUUUGUUGUGGGACAGAAGGGUGUUUUCCCCAGCAAACUGCGGUAAGCAUAGUGAUGAAUACGUUGCAUGUCCACGUUAGAAAACAGAACCCCGUCAUCAGCUACCACAAAUGAUCUCCCAGAGCAGUGUCUGUUCCGCUUCUGUCAAACAGUUUGGCUUUUUUGCAGGGUCCCUGUGACGUCCCCACCAGUGUACUUUCUUUGUUAACUCGCUUCUCUCAUUAUGGUGUUAACUCAGGAACAUCUCAGGAUGGAGAGAAUAGUGAAACCUGGAUAAAGCUUUUUCUCACACUUGCUCUUCUUCUGGGGGAUCCUGAGAGGUGAGGGCGGUUCCUCCUGUGAGGAGUUUUCCCUGGAUGAAGAGCGGGGGCUACCUCACCACACCAUAUAGUAACAUGAUGGUUGGCACAGAACUUGUGACUGUUGUUUACACCUGGGUGCAGUGGGCCCACAGGCUGGUCCCUAACUGUGAGGAUUGGGGGAGGAAGUAUGGGAAUAAUGUGGUUUCCAUGGAAGACUGUGACGCUUCUGGAGAUGGAACAUCCACAUGUUAAUUCUCAUUGAGCAGCGUUUUAUUAAACUGUGUGCAUCGGAGGUCACCUGGGCCAGUGUUAGGAGCCCUCCAGAGUACCAUUCUGCUCCUUCUGGAGGAUUGGUUUUUGUGUUCUCUGUAUCUUAAAUCAAAUGUGCACCUGGGCAAUUCUGUUCUUCUCCUCUCCCUCUCCCCAAAGUGGUAGACAUUCAGGGCAGGUCAGGAAACAGAAAAGAUCCCUUUGUAGAUAGUAUAUAUUUUUAAAAUGGUUCUGUGUAAUAUGUAUGAGCUAGGGAGACAGAAAGACAGUAGAUCAGAGAAGAGUACCUCCAAGGGGACAAAAUGAAUACCAACCUUCAUUUGACAAAAGAGAACUGAAAGAGAAUAUUAUUUUCCUAUAAUAUAUAUAGCUGUUCUCUCACAGGAUAAUGUGGAAUUCCAACGUGGAUGGUGGAUUUCUUCCAACUUUCACUGACAUUGCUUCUUACAACACACGGGGAAGGGUCUGCCUUUCUGAAAGGGGAGGUGGGCACUAUCCUUUCCAACAAAGCUUGUACAAAUUCCUGAACCGCAGAUUUGCUAAAGUAACUGUAAAUAAUUAUAUUCAUAAUUUAAAUGAUUAUUUCUGGUCAGAUAAAUGUUGUUAAAUUUGAAAAUGUUUUAUUACAUUACAUCAAAUAAAGUUUAUUUGUAGCU